AUGGACGAUGAGGACGGCCGGUGCCUGCUCGACGUGAUCUGCGACCCCCAGGCCCUCAACGACUUCCUGCAUGGAUCCGAAAAGAUUGACAGUGAUGAUCUCCUGGACAACACAGGAGAUGCAGCCAGUGCCUUUUUUGAAGGUGCUGGGCUGCACGUGCAGGAGCCCUCGGGCAACCACCUGAGCGCGGAGCAGAGCCAGCCGGCGCCCAGCGUGGACCUGGACUUCUUGGAAGAUGACAUCCUGGGCUCGCCGGCGGGCGCCGGCGCCGGCGCCGAGCAGCCCUGCGACAUCCUGCAGCAGAGCCUGCAGGAGGCCAACAUCACGGAGCAGACGCUGGAGGCCGAGGCCGAGCUGGACCUGGGCUCCUUCCAGCUGCCCACGCUGCAGCCCGUGGUGCAGGCGGCGCCCGAGGGCGCCCCGCAGAUCUUCUCCGGCGGCGCCGACCUGCUGGGCCUGCAGCCGCCCGCCGUGCUCACGCACCAGGCGCUGGUGCAGCAGCCCGUGGGCGCCGACGUGGUCAACAAGGCCAUCAGCGUGCAGCCCUUCCUGCAGCAGGUCGGCAUCGGCAACGUCACCAUCCAGCCCAUCCCCAACCUGCAGGGCCUGCCCAACGGCAGCCCCGGCGGCGCGCUGGGCAUCGGGCCCAUCCAGGUGGUGGGGCAGCAGGUGAUGGCCAUCAACCAGCCGGCGCAGCAGCUCCUGGCCAAGCAGGUGCAGCCCUCGCCGGUGGCCACGGUGCCCGUGGGCAGCUACAUCGCGCAGACGGCGCCCGAGGUGACGCUGGCCUCGGCCGGGGUGUCUCCGCAGAGCGCCGGGCUCGUCAUCCAGAAGAACCUGCCGGCCGUGGCCACCACGACGCUCAACGGCAGCUCCGUGUUCGGCGGCGUGGCGGGCGCGCCGCCCGCGCAGCCGCUCGCCGUCACCUCCAGCCUCAGCAGCCCCUUGGUGCCGGCGCAGAACGUCAUCAUCCACCGCACGCCCACGCCCAUCCAGCCCAAGCCGGCGGGCGUGCUGCAGCAGAAGCUCUACCAGCUGACGCCGAAGCCCUUCGGCUCGCCCGGCGCCGCGCUCGCCAUCCCCGGCGAGGCGGCGCUGCAGCCGCAGCCGCAGCAGCAGCAGCAGCAGCAGAAGGCGCAGCAGAACCUCACGUUCAAGGCGGGCCAGAACGUGGUGCUGUCGGGCUUCCCGCCGGCGCUGCCCGCCAACGUGUUCAAGCCGCCGCCGCCGCAGCCGCCGGCGCUCAGCAAGCCCAUGAGCGUGCAGCUGCUCAACCAGGGCAGCAGCAUCGUCAUCCCGGCGCAGCACGUGCCGCAGGCCGUCAACCAGUUCCUGCUGCCGGGCGCCUCGGCCGUGCAGCUGCCGCCGCAGCUCUCGGCGCUGCCGGCCGGCGUGGGCGGGCAGCUGCUGGCGGCGUCGCACGCCGCCGCGCCGGCGCACAUCAUCACGAGCCAGGGCGCCGGCGCGCAGCUCAUCGCCAACCCGGCGCUGCCGGCGCAGAUCCUCACCAACCAGAACCUGGCCGGGCAGCUCAACCUGGGCCCGGUGCUGGCGUCGCCCAACGCGCCCGGCACCGCGCACAUCCUCUCGGCGCCCAUCCAGGUGGGCCAGCCGGCGCUCCGCCGCGUGCCCGUGCCGCUGGCGGGCGCGCAGAGCCAGCCCCCCAAGGCCGCCGGGAUGAGCUCCGUGCCGGCGCUGAGCCUGGCCAAGGCGCCGCUGCAGAUCCAGGUGGUGGGCAAGGGCCUCUCGCAGCUCCUGCCCGCCGCGCCCGUGCAGGCGCCGCAGCUGUACGACGGCAAGCUCGGAAGCCUGAAGAAAGCUCCGGCGCUGCAGCCCAGCAAAGAGGCCUGCUUCCUGGAGCAGCUGCACAAGCAGCAGGGCGCCGUGCUGCACCCCGACUACAAGACGCCCUUCGGCUCCUUCGAGGACGCGCUGCAGCGCUUGCUGCCCUACCACGUGUACCAGGGCGCGCUGCCCUCGGCGCACGACUACCGCAAGGUGGACGAGGAGUUCGAGGUGGUGUCGGCGCAGCUGCUGAGGCGCACGCAGGCCAUGCUCAACAAGUACCGGCUGCUGCUGCUGGAGGAGUCGCGCCGCGUCAGCCCCUCCGCCGAGAUGGUCAUGAUCGACCGCAUGUUCAUCCAGGAGGAGAAGACCAUGCUGGCGCUCGACAAGCAGCUGGCCAAGGAGAAACCAGACGAGUACGUGUCGGCGGCGCGGGCGGCGCAGCGGAUCCAAGUGGAUCGGGGCGGAUCGGAGCGGAUCCAAGUGGAUCGGGGCGGAUUGGAGCGGAUCCAAGCGGAUCCAAGUGGAUCGGGGCGGAUUGGAGCGGAUCUAAGUGGAUCGGAUCGGAACGGAUCGAAGAGCACUAGAGCAGAUCCAAGUGGAUCGGAUCGGAUCAGAGCGAAGCGGAUCGGAGCAGAGCGGAUCAGAGCAAAGAGGAUCGGAGUGGAUCCAAGUGGAUCCAAGCAGAUCGGAUUGGAGUGGAGCAAACCAGAUCGGAGGGGGUCAGACCAGAGCAGAUCGGAGCACAUCGAAGUGGAUCAGAGCGGAUCAGAUCGAAUCGGAUCGGAGGGGAUCAGAUCGGAUUAG